AUGGGCGGCGGGCGGGACGACGGCGGAGUAAAAGCGGGCAUCGGACCGGACUUCUCAAUAAAAUUUCGCCCCGGCCCCGGUCCGGCUGAUGGACCCCCUGCGGCCAAGCGGAGCGGGGGCCACACCUCUGUGGGACUCGAGGAGUGCGAUGCUGGCCGGGGCCGGGGCCGGGGCUGUGCGCGGCUGGCCGGCCCGAGGCGCUGUUGGACCAGCAAGCGAGUAGCUGAGAGCUGGGCCUUCGAGCAGGUUGAGGAGCGGUUCUCCCGGGUGCCAGAGCCGGUCCAGAAGCGCAUUGUGUUCUGGUCGUUCCCACGCAGCGAGCGGGAGAUAUGUAUGUACUCGUCGCUGGGCUACCAGCCCCCAGAGGGCGAGCAUGAUGCCCGGGUGCCCUUCACCCGCGGGCUGCACCUGCUGCAGAGCGGGGCCGUAGACCGAGUGCUGCAAGUGGGGUUCCAUCUGAGCGGAAACAUCCGGGAGCCCGGGGGCCCCGGAGAGCCCGAGCGCCUCUACCACGUCUCCAUCAGCUUUGACCGCUGCAAGAUCACAUCUGUGAGCUGCGGCUGCGACAACCGGGACCUCUUCUACUGCGCCCACGUGGUGGCCCUGUCGCUCUACCGAAUUCGGCACGCCCGCCAGGUGGAGCUGCGGCUGCCCAUCUCUGAGACGCUGUCCCAGAUGAACCGAGACCAGCUGCAGAAGUUCGUGCAGUACCUCAUCAGCGCCCACCACACCGAGGUGCUGCCCACUGCCCAGCGCCUGGCUGAUGAGAUCCUCCUGCUGGGCUCCGAGAUCAACCUGGUGCACGGUGCCCCAGACCCCACAGCGGGCGCAGGCAUCGAGGAUGCCAACUGCUGGCACCUGGACGAGGAGCAGAUCCAGGAGCAGGUGAAGCAGCUGCUAUCCAACGGCGGCUACUACGGCGCCAGCCAGCAGCUGCGCUCCAUGUUCUGCAAGGUGCGGGAGAUGCUGCGCAUGCGGGACUCCAACGGGGCGCGCAUGCUGAUCCUCAUGACUGAGCAGUUCCUGCAGGACCCGCGCCUGGCCCUGUGGCGGCAGCAGGGCGCUGGCAUGACCGACAAGUGCCGGCAGCUGUGGGACGAGCUGGGGGCCCUGUGGGUGUGUGUCGUCCUGAGCCCCCACUGCAGACCAGAGGAGCGAGUGAGCUGGCUGCAGCUGCUUGGCAAAUGGGACAAGCUGGACGUGUGCCCGCUGGAAGAGGGCAACUACUCUUUUGACGAGCCCAGCCUGCAGCCCACCAUGACCCUCAGCCGAGGCCCAGAGGAGGAGGAGGAAGAGGAGGUGGGGGCUAGAGGUUCCCGCCACACCGUCUUCGGCCGCGCCCUGCAGGCUGGGUCGCUGCACUGGAGCGACACUCACCUGCAGAGGAUCCUGGCCAGCGACUCCUACGGCCCCAGCCUCACAGGCACCAUGGGCGGUGAAAAGCCAACCUUUGACCCCCAGGGCCGCCCACUGUGGCUGGGUGAGCCCUUCCCCACCGCGUGCGCCCGUGUGGACACCCUGCGUGCCCAUGGAUACCCCCGUCAGGCCCUGCGGCUGGCAGGGGCCAUAGUCAACUCACUCCGGCUGCAGCGACGGCAUCAGCUUGAAAGCUACAAGCAGCAGAAAAAAGAGUUCGCUGCUGCAAGAAAGGAACACAUCACCAACACCACGGAAGGCUGGGCGGCCACCCCUGGGACCGGUUGCCCCUGCAGGGCGCUCCGGGAGGCCUGUCGCCUGGAGGAGGAAACCGCUUCACUCCAGACUGGGCCCCGAGGAAGCCGGAAGGUGGCUCACCAGCACGCGGGUUUCGUGCCCGGGGAGCCCUGGGAGUCCCACCAUGCUGGCCCUCGAGCGGGUCCCUUCAGUGGCUUCGGAGAGGUGCUCUUCCGGGAGAGCGUGCCCAUGCACACCUGUGCCCGCUACUUGUUCACCGCGCUGCUGCCCCACGACCCUGACCUGGCCUACCGCCUCGCGCUGCGAGCCAUGAGGCUGCCUGUACUGGAGACCGCGUUUCCAGCCGGAGAACCUCACCCCAACCCGCUGGACUCCAUCAUGAGCAACCGCUUCCCCCGCUGGUUCAUCCUUGGCCACCUGGAGACCCGCCAAUGCGAGCUGGCCUCUGCCAUGCUGACAGCUGCCAAGGGAGACCCCAAGUGGCUGCAUGCGGUGCUGGGCUCCAUCCAGCAGAACAUCCACUCGCCUGCCCUGCUCUUCAAGCUGGCCCAGGACGCCUGCAAGACGGCCACCCCUGCCAGCGCGCCUCCGGACACCACGCUGCUGGGCAUUGCGCUGGAACUGGGCCUGCAGGUAUGUGCCGGCGUGUUCUUUUGCGCCGCCUAG